AUAAGUAGUUGCUUAUUAGUAUCCUUAAAACUAAUUUUGAUCAAAGAAACGCUUUGUUUUGGGGUUACCUAAGUAAUGGUCGAUGGUGACGAUUCUUUCAAGAGACCCGGAGCUGUGCCUUUUAAGUGGGAAAUCCGACCCGGUGUACCCAAAACCCGACCCGGUGAUGAUCUUCUUCAACCUCCUAGCAAACUUCCUCCUGUCAAAUUAAAACCAUUUCCGCCGUCGAAUUCGCCAUCUCCGUCUUCUCCUUUCUUCUCUGAAUCCAGAAGCCGACCAGUCUCUCCCUUCGCUCCUCCUCCGUCGUCUUUCAAGCUCAAAUCGCCUUCAGAUUCCGACUCCAACUGUUCAGGACCUCCGACUCCAUAUUUCCGAUCUUCUUCCCCUCGAGCCGGUGGUUCUUUGCCCCGGUGUUUUUUUCCCAAGUCAUUGUUCGGGUUGAAGAAGAGUAAGAGCGGCGAUUUAAAAAAGACCGGUCAGGAAUCAUCGGAGUCUGACAAUUUCUAUGAAUCGGGAACAACGUUUUCUCCGUCGGAAGAUUCUAGCCACGGAUCGGCGGUUUCUUCGAGGUGGGGUUCGCCGAUAUCGUCCUUCUCUUCUCGCCGUGGUUCGCCGCUGAAACGAACUGAUUCGGAUUUAAGUUCUUAUGAGAAAAAAACAAUUUUAAUGAUGGCUCGUUCCCGCCUCGGUUAGCCAUUUUGUUUUUUUAGAAAAAGAAAAACAUUUUAGAAGUUAUAAUCAAAUAAAAAAGGAUUUGAGUU